AUGCGCUGCAACAGCGCCAGAUCGUCGCCAACCGUCAAGGAGCAACCACGAGCCUCCAGAGCCGCCAUGAGACUCCUGGGUUUACUUCUGUUGGUGGCGGUCGCCGCGGCCGCGUCCGACUCUGACAAGCAGAGCGACACGCAGAGCGACAAGAAGGGCGUCAAGAAGAGCGUGGAGUCGAGCGACAAGCAGAAGGCGACCAAGGGCAAGCGAGGGGUGUUCGGCGAGGCGUACGGCUACGGCCACCACGCCCCGGCAUUCGGCGGCUACAGCUCCGGCCUGGCAGCCCCCGCCUACAGUGCCCCAGCCUACAGCGCGCCGGCUUUCAGCGCGCCAUCCUACAGUGCGCCAGCGUUCAGCGCGCCAUCCUACAGUGCCCCAGCGUUCAGCGCGCCAUCCUACAGUGCCCCAGCCUUUAGCGCACCUUCUUACAGUGCUUCAGCGUUCAGCGCGCCUUCCUACAGUGCCCCAGUGUUUUCAGCAGGCGCCGUCGCCACCCCCUCGUACGCCGCUCCAGCCUUCUCCGCCUCCAGCAUCGCCGCCCCCGGGUUCCCCGCCGCCGUCGCCGCCCCUCAGGUGACGGAGACCGUCCAGCAGGGCAACGUGCCCACCACGACCAUCGUCCACCAGAGCACCGUCGCCGUGCCCCAGCCGUACGCCGUGCCCUACGAGACCCGCGUGCCCGUCCAGGUGCCCGUCCCCGUGCACGUCCCCGUCGACAGGCCCGUGCGCGUCGAGGUGCCUCGCCCCUACAACGUGUACGUCGACCGCCCCGUGCCCGUGACCGUCGAGAAGAAGGUGGCGUACCCCGUCAAGGUGCAGGUCAAGGUACCCGUGCAGGUGCCGGUGCACUACGACGUGCCGCAGCCCUACCCGGUGCGAGUGGAGGUGCCGCAGCCCGUGGCGCAGCCCCAGGCCGUGCCCGUGUACGUCAAGGCCCCCGUCGAGCACUACGGCCACCACCACCACCACUACGCCCCCGCGCCGCCCAGCUGGUGA